AGAAUGUUUCAAAAGUUUUAGUUUUCGUGGAAAUCCACGGCCGGGUCCACCUUUCGUAACAAACAUUAAUUUCAGCUUUUAUGCGACUCAAAGAUAGUUCUGCUCUCCUGCCCUUUUUAGAGACUUACAGCAUAUGAUGUACUCUCCACGUCUUUUAAAUGGUAAAUAGCAACGCCUCAAUGAAUCAAUAUUACCUCUACGUGCAUGUUAAAAACUCCGGAUGUUUGACAGUUCGUAUAACAAAAGCGCCUGUUUUGCAACCCACGUAUAUCCGCUUAGCAGUUCAGUUAUAACAGUUUCAAGCGAACCCUCCGAUACAACACGUUCUCGCUAGUAUUCAGUUCCCAACAUUCUGGAAGUUAAAAACUUGAUGUUAUUGAGCCUAAAGAUGAAGAACGCAUGUUUCUGGAGCAUUGUGGCACUCGUGGCAAUUGCUUUGUGUCUUGAAACGGCAAAAGGAAAGCUGUAUAAGCUAAACGAGGUAGGAUCACGUAAAACUGUCGCAAUAUUCUGCGGAGACCGAAUCCGAGCCCGUUUUGACCAGUUGUGCCCCCAAGGAGUUAGAAAGCGAAGAUCAGCGUUGAUGGACGAACAGGAGGCGCUGAGUUUUCUUAACUACCGGUCACCAAGAAGUGCUGCAGACGGUUCCACAUCCGGUCGCACAAAUAUUGUUGAAGAAUGUUGCCAGGAAGGUUGUGCAAGUGAAGAAAUCCUUGAAUACUGUUGAUAGCGGACUUGAACACUUAAAAAAAUAGUAACUUAUUUAACAGAGGUGUUGUAUAUCGGUUGUAUAUUGUAUUUUAAGAUGUAUUUGUCUAGGAGAACGUAUAACAACAAUAAACAAGAGAGAAUGAACUUUCUUGGAAAACGAUAAAA